CCUCGCCGUCCCUACUAGCCAAUCGCCGGGUGUGUGAAUGUGUCGCUAGGGAAGCGGUUGCUAGGUGGAAGCGGACGCUCUUCAGGCGAUUGGACGAGAUGGUGGUCACGUGCCUCGCGCUCUGCUCUCGUCUCCCGUCUAGCGCCGGUUUCUAUUGUCUCGGGGGCGCGCUUUGUAGUGUAGGACGGGCGGGUGCGCGCAGUCGGGAUUUACGUGUCAGUGUGAAGCAUAGUGAGUGGCCCCCCAAUGCCUGUGUGAUGGAUGUAAGGAGCAGUGUACAGGCUUUUCUAUGCAGCGGUCAGCAUGUGAUUUAUUAGGUGCAUUGGUCACAUAUAGGUAAAGAAAGGUGUGGCCAGCUGGGCAGGUGAGGUGCCAUAAGGAUAUGCUGCCAGUGAAUGAAUACCGUAUUCGCCUUUGAGCGCCAACUCACACGCCAUUGUACACGCAUAUUAGCGCACUCUUUAUUGCACUUUGGUCAACAUGGAGUUUGAUUUUGACGUACACAAGAUCUUCUUGGACCCCAUCACUAAGCUGGAUAGCAGUCUCAUCCCUGUGCGCCGACCGCUCAUCUCCAGUUUUGAAGCUCAAAAACAAAUCACGAAGGUCAUAGAUGAGAUUGGAAAAGCAUCUGCAAAGGCCCAGCGGCUGCCUGUCCCAAUAACCAGCGCCUCUCGUAUGCAGACAAAUCAGCAUCAUCUGUAUAUUCUGAAGGACUGCACAGCUAAAACAGCUGGUCGUGGAGUGGUGAUUGGUUUUCUGAAGGUUGGAUAUAAGAAGCUAUUUGUGCUGGACCACAAAGGCUCCCAUAUUGAAGCAGAACCACUGUGCAUUCUUGAUUUCUAUAUUCAUGAAUCUCUCCAGCGCCACGGCUUUGGGAAAGAGGUUUUUAACUUCAUGCUCCGAACAGAGCAGGUUGAACCUCAACAUUUGGCCAUUGAUCGUCCUUCUGAGAAGUUUACUUCAUUCCUGAAGAAACAUUACAAUCUUCGCUCCACUAUCCCACAGGUUAAUAAUUUUGUUAUAUUUGAAGGCUUCUUCAGAGAUAGAAAAGCUCCAGUGAGAAAAUUGCCCCCCAAGCGACCAGAGGGAGACAUCAAACCAUAUUCGCUGUCUGACAGAGAAUUUCUGAAACACGACGAAGGCCUCCCUUGGCCUUUAAACCAGUCACCGUCUUCCCUUAACCGUGCUGGCAGUCUUGGUUCUUCCCCCACACGGGCCCGACCAUAUCCCGGAGAAGAUGAUUUUAUGAAGUCCCUCAGGGUCUGCAGACCUCACUCCCUACACAGAGCAGCCAAUGGGGAACAAGAAGAAUCUUCCCAGAGGAGAAGGACCAGUGAUACGAACCUCUCCCGCGGACUCCUGGCUCAAAGAAAUUGUUACAGCCGCUACACCUCUACCUCUCCUCCCCUUCUCCGUAGAGCUCCCCCCGCAGAGGAUAAUAAAGAAAAGCACUUUGAUACUGAUAAAAGUAAGAACAAGAAUGAGACAUCCGAUGUGGCAUCUGUUAAUUUGAAUGACCAGCUCACAAGCGAUCAACACUACCCAUUUGUUAAACGGAAGCCUCAACAGGCUACAUCCCAUUCCAAGCAAGAGCCACCUGAAGAGAAAAAAAACCUUGAAAAAGCAGAGGACCAUAACAAUACUAGUGUUCAUGAUGGUUCCAGAACUCAGUUGUCGGAGCAACCAUCUUGGACAGUCCUGGGCACGGUAACAAAUGCACAGUGGGUCAGACGGAAACAGGAAAUGCGUGGUACAAGGCCAUGGUAAAGACAAUAAAUAUAAGCCAGCACUGUCACUUCCACUUGAUUUUGUAUUACAGAAUAAAUAUUAUUUUCUAUCA